AUGGCAGAGAACAAUCAGAUCACACUUGACGAUGUGAUGAUUCCCAAGAUGCUUCACCUUACGCCUCUCGAUCAGAUUGCGCCUCGAAUUUACGUCCGUACCAUCUUUGUUUUCACACUCACAGAUGGCUAUGACGCAGGCACUGCUACUGACUACCUUCGGGAGUGCUUUCACCGGGCCUUGUCUCGCUGGCCAUUCCUCUCCGGUCAGAUACGUCCUGCUGCUGAGGGUAGAAACCGAUUGGAGCUCCUCUAUACAGGUGAUACGUGGUCUAUGAACCCUUCGAACCGCCCCGAAAUCUUUCGCUACGAAAAGAUCUGUCAUCUCAACGGCCACAAUUUUAAGGAGCUUGUGGGCCUGGGCAUGCCCCCCUCGACCAUGAACAAAGAUGUUCUCUCGAACUCCCCUAAUCACCCCAAGCCUGGAGAGUCUUGUCCUCCCGUGACGAUGAAAGUUACAGAGAUGAAUGGCAAGGGCCUUUUCGUGUGCUUCUCAACGCACCAUGGCAUCUUCGAUGGGGGAUUCAUCAAGACGUUCCUUGAGUACUUUGCUCAAGGUGCCAAUGUGGCAUCCAAGAACAAUUUCAUUGAUCACACCAUUUGCAACUACAGCGGUCCGGACAAUGACAAAAGCAAUUACCUCAUGGAGUCAAAAAGUAUGUCAUUCUUUGAGGACACUAAAGUGAAGGGCAAACGAUGGCUAACAGAAGUCAAAGAACGUCCCAAGAUGGAUUGCUACAAGGAGCUUGACAUCAAAGACGUUGACUUUCCCGAAUAUGAUUUCACAAAGAAUGCCCCGGUACCCAACGGCAUCAAAACCCCAAAAGCUGUUUGCAAGAUUUUCAAAUUCGACAACUCCGUCAUCGAAGCUCUCCGGGUUAAGGCACUUGCCUACGUCCGCAAGAAGUAUGGAGAUGGCGCGUUCGUCUCCAUGGUCGAUACCCUCUCGGCCCUUGUCUGGGUCUACGUCACCCGAAGCCGCAUCUCUCACCUUUCUCCAUCUGACGACUCAUCCUUCAGCACCGCUGUCGACGCUCGACCUCGUCUCUCGCCCGCUUUCCCUCUCUCUUCCUGGGGCAACAUUUACACGCAAAACGUCGCAAGAGCCAAGGUCCAAUCUCUCACCAUGCUCGACGAAGCUGGAAAACUGCCCAAUGACGCCACUUCUUCAAUCUUUGAAGCAGCAUGGUUGAUUCGUCAAGCGGUAGAUAAGGUGAACAAACCAGACUACAUCCCGUCGCGUAUCGCACUCGCGGCCUCCCUCAAGGAUCCCGCCAUGGAAGGAGCGGCCUUCCGCAAGGCAAACCGCCCGGACCACGCUGGUCUCGGCUGCAGCGUGUGGGUUCACAUGGGCGCUGACGUCGACUUCGGCAUCCCCGGCACUGGCGGAAAGGCGGAUUACGUUCGCAAGACUUGGUCGGCGAACGAUGGAACUAUGAAUAUCAUGCAGCGUCGCGGUGUGACGCGUGGCGAUGCCCCGUGGGAGGUCCUGCUUGCUUUGAGAGAGGACGACAUGGACCGAGUCUGCUGCAUGAAUGCCCUUGGACACUGGGCCAUGUCUUGGUGUGCCUGA